AUGUCUCGGGUCUGGGGCGUGACUGGAGCAAUGCAAUAUCAAAAGCUUGGAAGCUACACUUAUUGCGCGAUAAUCUCCACCCUUCCAAUUUGUCUACCAGUGUGCCUCCUCUGGAUGUACAUGGACAAAUUAUUAGUGCUCAUAGGCCAAGACCCCCAAGCUGCAGUGGUAGCUUGUAGAUACUCAAUGUGGCUCAUACCUGCACUAUUUGCCUAUGCCAUUCUUCAAUCACAAGUUCGUUUCUUUCAAUCCCAGAACUUGGUUCUUCCAAUGUUGUUCAUCUCGCUUGCAACUCUGUGUUUCCAUGUACCUGUUUGUUGGGUUUUGGUAUUUAAAUCCGGAUUAGGAAAUACAGGAGCGGCAAUGGCUAUAAGUUUCUCUUACUGGUACAAUGUGAUCUUGCUUGGAUUAUACAUGAGAUACUCAUCAUCAUGUGAGAAAACCCGCAUUCUCUACCUGAAUGAUGUUAUCUUGAGUGUCAAGGAGUUUUUUCAAUUCGCAAUUCCUUCUGCUGUAAUGGCUUGGUAA